AUGGCUAGUGUCAAAAGAUCGCCGUUACCCAUUAUAACACCGCGUAUCCACUCCGACACACUAUCUCUCUUUCUCUCUCUCUCCCUACUCUCUCUUUCUCUAUGUAUUUCUCUCUCUCCCCACUCUCUCUUACUCUAUCUUUCUUUCUCUGCCUCUCUUUCUCUCUCUCUUUCUCCCUCUUCUGCUUGUCUGGCCUGCAGCUCUUCUGCCUAUCUGGCCUGCAAUUCUUCGGCCUGUCUGGCCUGCAGCUCUUCUGCCUAUCUGGCCUGCAAUUCUUCGGCCUUUCUUUUCCUGAAUUCUUACCAAUUUUUUUCUAGCGUCUAUCAUGUUUUCUUUUCAUCAUUUUCCUUUUCUUUUUUUCUGGGGGUUGGCUUUAUUCACAAAUCUUUCCUCCCCCGCAGCUCUUUUCCCCGCAGCUCUUCCCCCCCAGCAGCUUUUCCCCCGCAGCUCUUUUCCCCCCUGCAGCUCUUUCCUCCCCCGCAGCUCUUUCCCCCCACACCGUUAAGCUAUCCAUUCUUUUCGACACAAAAGAACUCCGAUGGGCUUUUCUGGAAGGCGUGUUUAUGGAAUCUAUCUAUCUAUCUAUCUAUCUAUCUAUCUAUCUAUCUAUCUAUCUUGCUAUCUAGCUAUCUUUUUUAUGCCACUAGUACUAGAUCAUUCUGUCAUCUAUCUAUCUAUCUAUCUAUCUCAGCUUGUUCAUAUCUAUCUAUCUAUCUAUCUAUCUAUCUAUCUAUCUAUCUAUCUAUCUAUCUAUCUAUCGCGGGCACCUCGAGGUGGUGUAAUGGUUAG